CCACAGCGCACAACCCGCUGAGCAAACUGGUCAAACUGGUGAGGGGUCAGCGUGCCAAAAGGCAACAAACAAAGCACUGAUAGAUCGGUCAAUUCGUGACAAAAGACCAUGGUAAAGAAGGUGGCUGUGAUUGGAGCUGGCGUCAGUGGCCUGAUCUCCCUCAAGUGCUGUGUGGAUGAGGGACUGGAGCCCACCUGCUUUGAGGGGACUGAAGACAUCGGAGGACUUUGGCGGUUCAAAGAAACUGUUGAUGAUGGCCGAGCAAGUAUCUACCAAUCGGUCAUCACCAACACCAGCAAAGAAAUGUCCUGUUUUAGUGACUUCCCGAUGCCUGAAGAUUUCCCAAACUUCCUGCACAACUCAAAGCUUCUGGAAUACUUCAGAAUUGUUGCCAAGAAGUUUGAUCUCCUCAAAUAUAUUCAGUUCCAGACAACUGUCCUCAGUGUGCAAAGACGCCCGGAUUUCGCCUCGUCUGGGCAAUGGGAGAUUGUUACAGUGAGCAAUGGCAAGGAGCGAAGUACCGUCUUUGAUGCAGUUAUGGUUUGCAGUGGGCACCACAUCCUACCCCACCUCCCACUGCAGUCAUUUCCAGGUAUUGAGAAGUUCAAAGGCCAAUAUUUCCAUAGUCGCCAAUACAAGCAAACGGAAGGAUUUGAGGGGAAGCGCAUCCUGGUGAUCGGACUAGGAAACUCGGCCUCCGAUAUUGCAGUGGAGCUGAGUAAGAAGGCUGCACAGGUAUUUAUCAGCACCAGACAUGGGUCCUGGGUCAAGAGUCGCAUAUCAGAUGAUGGCUAUCCUUGGGACAUGAUAUUCCACACCCGGUUUGCCUCCAUGCUCCGAAAUACCUUGCCACGAACGGUUCUGAAAUGGAUGACGGAACAGCAGAUGAAUCAGUGGUUCAGCCAUGAAAAUUAUGGUCUUGAACCUCAAAACAAAUACCUUAUGAAAGAAGUAGUGCUGAAUGAUGAUCUCCCAAGUCGUCUGCUAUGUGGACUCGUCAAGGUGAAGCCGAGAGUGAAGGAGCUCACAGAAACUACUGCCGUCUUUGAAGAUGGAACCAUGGAGGAGGACAUUGACGUCAUUGUCUUUGCCACGGGAUAUACUUUCUCUUUUCCCUUCCUUGAAGAGACCGUGGUUAAAGUUGAGAAUAAUAUGGUCUCUCUUUAUAAAUGCAUAUUUCCCCCUCAGCUGCAGAAAUCAACUCUUGCAUGCAUUGGCCUCAUCCAGCCCCUUGGUUCCAUUUUCCCAACUGUUGAACUUCAAGCUCGCUGGGUGACAAGAGUUUUCAAAGAUUUGUGUACUUUGCCCUCAGAGAGUAUUAUGAUGGCAGACAUUAUCAAGAGGAAUGAAAAAAGAAUUGACCUGUUUGGAAAGAGCAAUAGCCAGAUUUUGCAGACCAAUUACAUCGACUACUUGGACGAGCUUGCCUUAGAGAUUGGGGUGAAGCCAGACCCAUUUUCUCUCUUAUUAAAAGAUCCUAAACUGGCAAUUAAACUCUACUUUGGACCCUGCAACUCCUAUCAGUACCGCCUGGUUGGCCCUGGGCAGUGGGAAGGAGCCAGGAGUGCCAUCUUCACCCAGAACCAGAGGAUAUUGAAGCCUUUAAAGACUCGUUCUCUGAAGGCUUCCUCUACUUUCCCACUUUCCUUCCUAUUGAAAAUCCUUGGGCUCCUUGCUAUUCUUGUGGGCUUUUUACUCCAACUUCAGUAGUUCCAGUCUCCCGGAUACAGCUUUUGGCUGCAUGGUUUAUCUGUACCUCUUAAUGGGAAACAAAAACUAAAAAUCUACAUUCCAAAGUUCAGAGUUAGGAGGGACAACCUGAGAAUUAGCAGAAUCUGGUAUGUAUAUAAAAUCACAAGUUUCGCCAGGAGAUUUCUUUCCCAUUCCACCUUUUCCUCUCUAUAAAAAACAAACUAAAAAUAAUAUAUGCUGUAUGAAUUGUGAUAAGAGUUGUACAAGCCCCUAUAACAUGAUAAAUAAAUAAAUAAUAAAGGCCUGGGUAAAUAAAUAAAUAAUAACACAGGCCUGGAUAAGUUCUGCUAUAUGGGAAUUACAUAAACACAAUUAUAUACAAUGAAAAGGAAGCAUGUGGUUUAAAGUAUUGGAUAAAUUUCAUUGUCUGGUGAUUAGUGAGAAGGUUGGCAUUUCAAACUUCCCAGCCAUGAUGCAAGUGAAAAUUGAGCCAUCCUGUUUCCAUGAAGAUUUAUGGCCACAGAAACCCUGCUAUUCUCUCCAGUAGAUUCGCUGUGAGUCAGAAUCGACUCAGUGGCAGUAGAUUUGCUUUUGUUAUUUAAUAUCCUAUACAAUGUGCUUGAUAAUCUUUCUAUCUGGACUCUGUUUGAUAACAAAGGCCUCAUGUUUGCAUGAUCCAUUUGCUUGGGGGGGGUGGGAGGGUGUCACAAAAAUACUGGAGAAAAAUUGAAAAGGAACUUAGAAAAUAGAAACAAUGCUGAGACAUAUUUUUAGAACCUCAUAUUGAAAGCUGACCACAUAUCCACAUUUGUUAUAUUUUGACAGAAAUAUUUCUGUAGAAGUAAACAUGCCAGACUAGCUAGCUAAUAAAUAUUUAGUGCUUAUCAUAGACCCCACAUUGCUGUACUCAUAUUGCAAGUAUGAUUUCAUUUAAUUCUUGUAAAAAUUUGUGAUGUGGGGGCAACUAUUGUACCCAUUUUACAGAAGUAGAAACUGAAAUUCAGAAAAGUUGACUAACAUAUCUAAGACCACACCAUUAGUAAGUGAUAGAAGUGUGAUUGGAUUUUGGCUUUAUAAAUGAAGAUGAUAACCUCAUCCCAUAAUACUUACAGAAAUGUCUAUUAUUAACAGACUAUGCAUUAAUAGACUAUUUCAUGUAUACUCACAUAUGUGUUACUUUGGGGGUUCCUUACAUAGAAAACAACACUCUUACAAAUAUGCUUGAAUAAAUUGUAUUGGUAAUUUUUUUAUUAACAUGCUGCCUAGAUCUAAAAAGCACUUGAAGAAAUUUACAAUAAAAGAUGUCAUUAUUGUU